GCGCUGUUUUAUUUAUGACAUCUGUCAUUGUUUGUUUUGAUUUUUCAUAGCUGUUCGUUUUCCGUCGAUUUUGUGGAAAUUGAUUAUUUACAAUAGGAACAUGGCCAACGUAAUCCUACAGAAUGUUGAAAAUAAAAGAGCUAGCACGAAUACUAAGUAUCAUUGCCUUUAUGGCUACUAUUUCUUCGGGCUAACAAGAGCCAGGCUUGCAAUUGUGUACCGUAAGAGCAAAACAACAAUCAGCGGCUGGAUAACAUCCUACGAGGAGAAUGGACUACUUUCCUCUAAGCAGCGGGAGCACGUAUUCCGGAAAUUCAGUACACGACAAAGGCAAUGGAUUUUGGACCUCUACCAUCAGAACCCGAUUCUCUACCUUGAGGAAUGUCGAGAUCUUUUCUACCAACGAUUCCAGAUCAAGAUUAGUGGAUCAUCUAUCUGCAGAAUUUUGCAUGCUGAAGGAUUGACGUGGAAGGCUUUGGAACGAAAGGCCAUCCAAAUCAAAGAGCAUGAAAUUCUCCGUUACUGCUCAGAACUAAGUUCUUUUGAUUGGGAUACGUAUCAACUAGUAUUUCUAGACGAAGUGUCGUUGGAUAACAGAAGCAUCUUGAGGAAUCGUGGCUACGGGAUCAAGGGGAAACGACUCGUUUUCCGGGGUGAAUUUGUGCGUCAUCCCAGGGCAUCGUUCUUAUGUUUUCUGGGUUUGCAUGGUGUGUUGGACUGCUUUGAAACAGAGGGAACAUUAACCCGGAAGAUAUUUUUUGAAUGUUGUCGUGAAUUUGCCCUUAAGAACAACAAAGUACUUCAAUACCCAGGAAAGAACUCUGUAUGGAUAAUGGAUGGCGCUCGCAUCCAUUGCGAUGCCAACAUCAUUCUGUAUCUUCGAUCCAUAGGCAUCAUUCCAGUGUUCCUACCUCCUUACUGUCCCUUUUGCAAUCCGGUGGAAAUGAUAUUCGGCAUGAUGAAAUCACGAAUUAGGAAAGUAUACGUAGAAAAUCGAAACGAAAACCUGUCCCAUUUGGCUCUGGAAACAUUUAUGGGGUUGGAAAACUAUGAUUGUACCAAAAUUUAUCAUCACUGUGGAUAUUCACCGGGUGGAGUUUUUAACCCUUCAGUUGGGUUGUCGCAAAAUGCUGGGCAGCCAAAUUAUGCUAAAGGAGAGUGA